AUGAACACGGUCAGACAAAUCCAGCGGGUCAACGAGCGAGAACUGCAGCGAGGACUCACGGCGAGCCAGUCAUCGAGCGCGUCGUGGCACGACGAGUUUCGCGGAUCGGCGUACGUGCAUGUCGGCGGAUUUCCGUACGAGCUCACGGAGGGCGACUUGCUGUGCGUCAUGUCGCAGUACGGCGAGAUUGUCGACAUCAACCUGGUGCGCGACAAGAAGACCAACAAGAGCCUGGGGUACUGCUUCAUUGCGUACGAGGACCAGCGGAGCACGGUGCUCGCCGUGGACAACUUGAAUGGCAUCAAGAUUGGCAACCGCACCAUCCGCGUCGACCACGUCAAGGACUAUCGGCUGACCAAGGACUUGCAGGAAGCAGAGCCGCUGCUGCCCGGCCAGACACCGCUGGAGGCCGCGAUGCAAGCUGCUGCGAAGCGCGCUCCCAACGACUCGUCGUCGUCCAGUGCUGUUGUGCCUCCUUCUGCCUCCUCCUCCUCUGCUACGACAUCAAACGACAAACUGGAUGAUUAUCGAUCGCCAGCGCGCAUCUCGUCCGACGACGACGGGACGCUGGACCGAAAAGAGCGCAAGCAUCACAAGGAGCACAAGGAGCACAAACACCACAAGCAUCACAAGGAGCACAAGCAUCACAAGCAUCACAAGGAACACAGGGAACACAAGGAGCACAAGGAACACAGAGAGGACAGAGAACGCCGGCGGCACGAUGACGAUGACGAUCGGUACUCGCGGGACGACAAGCGGAUACGCCUUGCUGAUGAUGUUGAUUCGAGCGCCAGCCGACCUGUUAUUGGAGCAUCCUCGGCGAUUUCUGCGUCCGCAGCUGCUGUUGCAGCCAUGUUUGCUGCAAGCGGCCGCGGCCGGUGA